CAGCACGGCCCCUUGCUGCAACAACUAGGAAAAUAUCUUUGCCGUAGCGCCUUCCUGUGGUCCUUGUUGCGUAAUCCUGAAGCACUCUUGCAAAAAUUUCAUGAACCUUAGAUGCACAGCGCUCAAUAUUAACCUUUAGAAGGUUUCAAAGAUUAGUAAGGGUUUUUGUACCUUUUGUGACCUCUGAAAUCAAUUUGAGGUAAAGGUGGCUCUGGUGAAGCCUGAAUACCACAGUACCCUUGAAUUUGUCGUCGAAUACUUCGUCCACACAGAGCAUUGAAUUUGUGUAAGAGAGACCCUCUCCUAGUAAGAUUCCGUGGGAAUUUAUGAUCCAAAUGUGCAUACAAGAACAAAAAGAAUUCCCUUCCUAGAACUUGGAGCCUCGAUCGCUUGAAGGUGAAUUGUCAAUUUCGAGAAAUUUCAGGUUGAGGUGCGUUUGAGUCCAGUCGGUACAUGAGAGUACUGCUGGAUAAGUUGUCAAGUAAAAACGAUCGCAAGAGCCCGUCGGUAAAAGUGGACCUUGAUCCUGCGAAAGGAGACUACAUGUGUGAAUGCACCAGUGCAGUGCCGAUUCAAGAGGCCCGAUGCUUCGGAAGUCGAUGUACUAAUGCGGAAAGCGUUAAAAUCCAUGGUCACCAGGUUGUCCUUCCCUGCCAUACCACGCCUUUACUAUCUUGCAAUCCUCUCUCACCUGUCUAAGCUGCUUGUCGGGGUUUCCCAAAAGCGAACAGUUCAUCUUGUCCGUUAUCCUCUUCUAAAAGUCCCGGUAGUGUCAAAGCCAAUCAUACCGUGUCCAAUCGAGAACAUUCAUAUUCAUAUGUAUUAGAAAACCAAGGAGAACAGGAGACAAGUCUGAGUUUGGCCUGCGUUUCGAAAGUGAAGUCCUGAGUGUGAGAAAGCUUCUUCAGAUACUUGUAACAUUUGGAAAAACUCGCUGCGUCUUCGGAGUUUACCAGAACUGUGGUGAACAUGGAGUUAGGCCGAGGAUCUAUUGACCAACUACAAUUACCUCCAGGGUUCCGGUUCCAUCCAACCGACGAGGAGCUUGUGCUGCACUACCUCCGUCGGAAGGCCGACUCUGACGCCUUCAAAAUCCCCGUCAUAGCCGAGGUCAACCUCUACAAGUUCGACCCUUGGGAUCUCCCUAAUAAGGCGCUGUUCGGCGACAGGGAAUGGUAUUUCUUUUCUCCGAGGUAUAGAAAGUAUCCGAACGGUGCAAGGCCCAAUAGAGCUGCGGCGAGCGGGUACUGGAAAGCCACAGGAACGGACAAGCUCAUCCAUAUGUCCACUGGGCACGGCAAGGUCGGCGUGAAGAAGGCCCUGGUGUUCUACCGGGGGAAGGCACCCAAGGGCGAGAAGACGAACUGGAUCAUGCACGAGUACCGCCUCGCGGAAGGCGUCUCAACCUCCAAUAACCAUCACCGAAGGGGCUCUCUGCGUCUAGAUGAUUGGGUCCUGUGCCGAAUUUAUGAAAAAACCACCCAUGCCCAGCGAGCUGGAAAGGAACAGGAAAAUUCCUGCGUCGAGGAGGUGUUAGCGUCUCUUCCUAACUCAAUUGAUGACUCUAGGCUGGCGCUCCCACACCUAAAUACUUCGAAUGGAAGCCUAGAAUUUGCGGUUCAGCAGGAGGCACUCGUGGACAGCUUGCUCGUGGAGAACAGUUCGGAGAAUGGGUGUCUGUCAGCCAGCUUCGACAGUCUUCAAAGGGAAACUAUGUCGAAUAACCCAGGCGUUUCGGUGCAAGAUUUGCAAAACUUGACCAAUGAAUGGAAAUUGCAGCAAUCGAUGGCUACUGACCAUGAUAAUCUAGAGAGAUCUAGGCUUAUGGAGCAGCUUGCAUCAGUCCCUUCAGUCCAUCGACUGGCUGUCAGUACUCAACCUAUGGCCGACGGCGGUAUGGCCCAGUUCCAACACCCGCCGAGAUCUUACACCUUCGGCCAGAGGAACUGCCAGGAGAAGCCUAUGCCGGCAGGUCGCUCCGCAUCUGAUGAUGAAGUGCAAAGCAUGUUCCGGGCAACAGCCAUGGGGUUCACAAAUACUGGCUCAAGCAAUGCUCAUGGGCUGGAAUCCAUGUUUUCGGGGAUGGGUUACGAGGCCCAGCCAAAUUUGUCAUGUGGGAGACCUGGGGGACUUGAGAAUUGGGCCUAUCCCAUUAUGCCAUCACAACCUAGAAUGGACUUCAACUUCAACUACGCCCCCAAAAGUACUUUCAACUGACGCUCCAAGACCAAAACAUUAAAACUUCCCCAAGUUGCCAUGACGUGGGCCUCUUCAAUUGCGACGAGCAAUCUUUCAAUCUGAAAAUCCACCUGUUCGAUGUGUAACUCUUGCUCAAUCACCAACAGCCAGUGGUUCUCCAAGUCCUGGUGAUAAGUGAAGUUACGGACAAUGCUGGUAGAGUUUUCCAAAGUGUGCUCUUGUUGUACAUAUUGCUGCACAAUUCAUAUACAGUUUAGAUAGUCGGGAGUGGAAAACAGUGAUCCAUUAACACGAUUGGGCUUGCAAUCUAGACGCAAAGCGCGUAUUAGCGACACGUUAGUUAGUUAUGAUACAGCUCCCCUUCAAUUCAUUUCCCAAUCCCCUAGAUAGCACAUAGAUCACAUUUUCAAGUGAAAAUUGAAAUGGGCCACAUAUUGGGUAGACAUGGUUAUAAGGGGGUGCGUUUCCAUAGCACUAAGCGCAACAGAUCUCACCUCCAAAUCCGUAAUGGUAAUUCAUACGCAGGAAUGGGAUACAGCGCAUCGAUUCUUUGCAGGCUCCCUGUUAAUAAAGAGACCUGCUCAGGCUGGGCAGGCAAUACCAUAAAACCUGAAACAA